UUUAUAAAUAGUUUAAUCAUUUCAAAUUACUAUUUUGCUGGUAAAAAAGAGAAUGAGAAUUUAGCGUUAUCAUGGGCGGAGAAAUUUGCCAAGAAAUGUUCGAUUUUUGAGAAGAAUUUUAGUUUACUAGGCGUCGGAGACGGAGAUGAUUCGCCUUUGUUGUUAAAAGAAGGGCAGAAUGUAUUUAAAUUUUACGCGAGUGGGAGGCGAUAUUGUCAAGGGUUAUUAGCUACAAUGGAGUUGAAGAGUAGGCAUGAUUUGAUUUCGAGACUUUAUAAUAUGAUUGUUCCUUGUAAGGGUGCGCUUAGUUUUGAGGUUUAUAUGAAUGAUGAUGAAGCUAUGGAUCAGGUUGUUUUUGCUAUUGCAAAAAAGAAAGCUGCGAAAACUAUGCAGAAAGAGAUUAGGGAUCUGCAUAAGUUUGCUGGGGUUGUGGCGCAACAUCCUGUUGGGAGGAAAUGGGUGAGCGAGGAAUUGGCAGUUAUUGAGUCCAAGGAGGUUGCUGGGGAUUUGAUCACUGAGGCGGUGCUUGAACAGGUAAUUGGGGAAAAAGCUUUUGAGAAGUGUGGUAACGGUUUCAUCUCCAUGCAUUUUUCCGACCAACAUCCGGGAACACACAGGAAGAUGCUGCUAUUCAAAUUUGCUCUUCCAGAUGCCAACAACAUGGUAGAUGUGACUCGACUAGUGGCACUGGUUCCUUAUUUCAUUGAUCAAGUUGGCUGCUACAAAUUGAGUUCCCAGGUUCGGUCUAAAACAGAAUCAACGAGAGUAAAAGCUGCCCAAGAAGCGCACAAAGCAAAUGUGAGGCAAGAAGCAUUGCAAAGAAAGAAGGCGGAGACUCGAAGAAUGCUAGAGGAGGCUGAAGCAAAGAUCGGCACAGCGGCUAUUUGUACGAAAGAAGCAAAACAGCGUGCUCGUCAGAUGAAGAAAGCAAUGCCGAAAAUGAAAAUGCACUACCUUAGAAUCCUGCCUUUUCGGUAUGUUAUACAGAAUAUGCAUAUUUGGCACGUCUCUUGCUAAGCAUCAUUUUCGGUUCUUGUUGUUUCAGUUGCAAAUUCCUAACCAGAUCUUUUUUUUUAAUUGUUAAUAUAAAUAAUUAGAUAUCUCACAACUGUGAUGAGGACUAUUUAGGUUCAUGGACUCUCAAGUCCAUUUGAUUUGUAUUCAUGCUUGAUGAUUCAUUAUUUAUUCAAAAUUAUUUAAUUUUUAUGAUU